AUUAGUCAAAGUGCGCGAGGAACUGCACUCGUUCAGACGCACAAAACAGGCGCCGUCAGCGACAGUCGUGGGCGCGCUAUUUGACUUUUUUGGCAGUGAUCGCGGAGGCGUGCGCAAUGACUAUGGUGACGCAUACGACCAAAUGUGGCACGUGGGCUUGGAGGAUGACGAAGACAAUAGUGGGACUCAUCACCACCGUUGCGACGUGAGGCGAGUGCUCGAGAUUGGUAUUGGCGUCACAAGGGAGGAUGUCGAGAAGAACGGGGUGGCACAAGGGGAUCAAAGGACUGCCGUGGAUGAGGACGCUGAUCAAGCAGAGUCCCCGGAUUCCACUGAUCUCUCGCUUGCUCCAAUGCGCAGUGGGCGCAUGCAUGGCUUUGAAGAAAGCAACGAGAUGACGUCACAGAAAAGGAUAAGUGCCUCCGGAGCAUCUGAUGCAGCUGCGAUGUGUUCUCGGUAUGACUCUGCCGCGGUAUCAGACGAUAAAAUAGAGCAGACUAUUCGUGCUGGCGCUAGAUUGAGUACAGUCUCGUCGGAAUCGGAUUACACUAUGCCUGCUCCAAAUCGACGACAAAUGUUGGAUGAAAUAGGCUCAGAAUUAGAGGAUGUCGAUGCGCGUGCGUCGAGAUACCGGAAAGGGGCUGGGCUCUUCGUUUGGCGGGAGUUUUUUCCGAACGCAGUUAUUCAUGGAGUCGAUCUAGAGCCUGCUGCGAUGAUCAGGAACGAGCCUCGGAUUCGAACGCACGUGUUGAAUACAGUAGACUUACGAGAAGUUGACGCAUUUCUCAAACGAUUGACGACGGAUGAGGAAAAUCAACGUCUUCUAUCAGACUCGUCAGAACACAUCAACACCGUCAAAGUCACUGCAGUUGAACAGAAAAAAUCUCUGCGGAUCCACCAGGCAGUUCCUCCAUCUUUGUUCGAUUUCAUCAUAGACGACGGCCUGCACGACAACCUAGCGAAUCGCGCACUGUUAGCGAAACUGUGGCCUCAUUUGGAUGCUCGAGGCAUCUACGUCAUAGAGGACUUGCGAGUUAGGUGGCGCAAGCGUGAAAUGCUCCUGGAAACCGUGGCACCGGCUUUGCGCCUGCUCUCGGAGGACAUGCAGUGCAGGCCGACACCGGUUCCCAUCCGUCUACACAAGGAAGAACUCCUGUCAGCGAGUAUACUGGGUUUUGAGCACCUCUCUAUUUCAUCGGAAAAGUUUUAUUACUCAAGUAGCAAUCAAUCAAGUUCACUAACUUCUCCUGCAGAAGUACAAGUAGGUAGUGGUGCUGCUGGAUAUGAUCCGCUUCUGGAGAUGACUUCUUCCGCCGUUAUUACAUCGGAGGCUGAUGUGCCGACUUCGUUGCUCGAGAUAUCAAAAGCUGGGAUGCAGAGAAACUGUCUAGUACCUUCCGCUUCUAAAACUGGAACAUCGGAGAACAGAACUACGGAGACCCAAGCGGAGCAAUGGCGGGAGUUUCUUGAUACGAAAUUGUUCCCACUGCCGCAAGUCCCAGAAACCAAAGUGCAAGAAAUAUCGCGAUUUUUUUCCUACCGGCGAGAUCGGGUGUUGAAGGUCCAUGGGGUGCAGGCUGUACAGGGUCUCUGGUGGAGAAAUUCGACUCAGAAAAUCGCAGCUUCACUGGAUAAAGCUACUGCCUUCUUGCGGAUAUCGGAACGGAUCUCACCACGAUGGUGUUGUUAUGACCAAAAAGUAUAAUUUGUUUUUGUAAUACUAUACUUUUGCUUUACAACUGGAUGAUCAAUAAAAACGUAUUCGCAGUUGUAGUGCUUGAUGACUGCUCUAAAACAGCGGCAUCGAGAAAGCGACUUCACCUCUGGACGACGCCUCAAAUGAGGAGACUCUGCUGGCGAGGCAGCUUUGCUGGACGGACAAGAUAGGUGUGGAUGCUGCGAGCGAAGAGAGCUGGGUCGAUUUCCUAUUCCACAACACUGUCACCUACUGCGUACCCCUUUUUGUCAAUUACACAACUGCUAUUGUCGCAAUUGAUCCGUCAU